UGGGCCGUUCGAGAAACUUCCGGAAGCGGCGGGGCGGAAGUGACGGCGCGCGCUGGCGGCGCUUCCUGUUUGCGGCCGCUGCCGUUUGUCCCGGCGGGAGCCGCGGGAGGGGAGCGGCGGAGCGGCGGCCGCGCCGAGGAGACACCGGCGGGACUUGAAAGACUCGGCUGUUGUUACCAAGACAACUUGUGAAACAUGGUGGAUUACUAUGAAGUCCUGGGAGUGCAGAAGCAUGCCUCAGCAGAGGAUAUCAAAAAAGCGUACCGUAAAUUGGCACUAAAAUGGCACCCUGAUAAAAAUCCAGACAAUAAAGAUGAGGCGGAGCGGCAAUUUAAGCAAGUAGCUGAGGCCUAUGAAGUCUUGUCAGAUGCUAAAAAGCGUGACAUCUAUGACAGAUACGGAAAAGAAGGCCUAAUAAAUGGAGGAGGAGGUGGAAAUCAUCAUGAUAAUCCGUUUGAUUUUGGAUUUACAUUCCGCAACCCAGAUGAUGUCUUCAGGGAGUUUUUUGGUGGAAGGGACCCCUUUUCAUUUGAAUUCUUUGAAGACCCUUUCGAGGACUUCUUCGGGGGCAGGCGGGGUCCAAGGGGAAGCAGAAACAGAGGUGGUGGAGGAUCAUUUUUCUCUGCCUUUGGUGGAUUCCCUGCUUUUGGAAGUGGUUUCUCUCCAUUUGACACAGGUUUUACUUCGUUUGGCUCACUGGGACAUGGAGGCCUUACUUCAUCGUUCUCCUCUACGUCAUUUGGUGGCAGUGGGAUGGGAAACUUCAAAUCAGUAUCAACCUCAACUAAAAUAGUUAAUGGCAGAAAAAUUACUACAAAGAGGAUUUUUGAGAAUGGACAAGAGAGAGUAGAAGUUGAAGAAGAUGGCCAGUUAAGGUCGCUAACAAUAAAUGGGGAGGCGGAUGAGGAAGCGUUUGCCGAGGAGUGCAGACGGAGAGGACAACACGCGCUGCCCUCCCAGCCCGCCAACGCCCGCCUGCUGAAGCCCCACAAGCCUGGCAGCUCCCCACGCUUUGCCUUCCCUUACAGUAGUGAUGAGGUGGAAGAACAAGACAGAAGCCGGGUUACCAGCAGCUUCGAGGCCCCUUUUUAUUUAUCAGGGCUGCUGAAGGACUGGUCGAGUCAGUCAAAAACCUACGAUACAAAGAAGGCAGCAAGAGGAGGAAGCAGAAGCAGAGAGAGGAACUGAAGAAGAAGAAGUCAACCAAAGCGAGUUACUAAAAUGGACUUCUCUGCUAUGCCAAUACCUUUAUAAUAAUGACAACAACUUCAUGUUACCUUCGAGCACACCUCUUUUGUGUAUAUUUUUUGAUUGUUCACACUGCUACCAAGGAAGUGACUCAUGUUUAAAACUGUACUAAAAUUGCACUAUGUUAUUCCUUUUAGUUUCACGGAGUGGCUUUCUUGCCCGUUCAGGUUAGGGAAUUCAGAUGAGGCUGGUCGUGGUUAGAAGUGUGUUAUGUUUGAAGAUUGGAAAGCGUCACAGAAUUUCUUACCUCUUCCUUCCCUGGGACUAAGACGACUCUAGUCUAGUGUUUGUUAUUUGUCGUGUAGGAGAUAAAAGGUAAAUGCCUGCUUGUUUGCUCACUGGCAUCAACAUCAGGCCCCUUGAAAGAAGAAUUCUGUUCACUCAUGUCAUGGAGAGUGGGACUGAGACAUGAGCUCUUAUAGGGUAAUUUAUGCAAGGUUAAUAAGUGACUUUUAUGGUUGGGUUUUUUUGGGUUUGUUGGUUUUUUGUUUUUUUUUUCCCCAGGCUGGGCAGUUCUACCCCUGCUAUUAAAAUGUUCCCUCAUAUUAAAUUGUAUCUUGAAGUUAUAUCCUCUGAUUUUAAGAAAAGUAGUGUAAUGAUGGUCUCCUGUAAGGACUCCUACUGCUUUCUUUAGGCUUAGUUGACUCCCGAUGAAUCAUUUAGUGAAAUCAUUCCUUAUUUUAAAAGUUUAUUUUCAGAACCUAGAGACAAAUGAUGCAAGUGCUACUUUAAAACUGCUCUUUGUUUCUUCUGAGUAGGUUUUGGAUAACAAACAUUUUUUCAGCAUCCAUUUUAGAUUUUAUCAACUUGUGUCUGCAAAGAACUUAUACCUAUAUGUAUAAAAGCAUUUUGCAUCGGUUUUAUUGCAGGACUAAUUUUUUUUUAGCUUGAAAAAAUGUCUUAGAUCUAAAAGAAACACGUAUUUCUGGCAAGAUGACUUCCUUGCUUCCCAUACUCGUCUCAUGUGCAUGACACAUUGCUUCUCUUAACCUUUUAGUGUGUACAGAGCCCCUCUGUUGCCUUAAGCAUUUACCUGCAUGUUUCUUGUCCGUGUGUUGUCUCCUUUUUUUAACCUCCAGGUAGGAGUUAGCAGCUUAUGGUUUUGUUUUGUUUCUUUUGUCUUCCUCUUGCCAAUAUGUUGUUGAUGUAACAGCCUUAAACCUGGCAAUAUUGAAAGUCCACAGUUCCUGGAGAAACUCACUCACCCUAAUGUUUCGAAGAUGUAGGAAUGCACAUAAGGUGUAAGAGAGGAGCUAAACAGAAAAGCCAGCUCUGCAUUCUAGCAUGGUUUGAUGUAACAAAUUCUGGUGUCUCUGGUAUGGGAAUGGUUUAGCUUCAAUUACCCAAUGUAACCCUCUGCAGGCAUCAUAUAACACACAAUAACCAUUUGUGAACUCUCUUAGGGUCUGUAAAUUAUGGUUAAGAUCAAAUAAGGACUGAGUACUGGUAUUCUGUCACUUAAGUACCACUUUUUUUUUUUUUUUUUUUUGUGCAGUGUUACUAAUAUUUAAAAAUAAAGAAAAUCUUCCUUUA